AAUUUCAAAUAACGCUGCAUGACACUCGCCUUGCUUUCAUUUAGGAGUUCCAUCCACUAUUAUAAAUAUAUGGCAUGUUUAUAUAAUAUUACAAUCAACAAAAAUCUUCCGAGCCAAUCUUGGAGUAUCGGAUCGAUUGCAACAAGAUGACUCCCAACAUAGAAAACCUACCACAAGAGCCAACAAAUCCCGAUGAAGUGGAAGUUUCUCGAAAUUUGUGGUCGAUACGACCUUGUUUCAGCUAUAGCGAAGAGUACGACGACUGCACUAGCAUCAAGGCUCGGUUCAACCAGUACUUUAUCCACGGUGAGAGUAUCGACUGUACCCAGUGGAAGCGAGAUUUUGACAACUGUGUUCGGUUUGAACGAAACCCCAAGGACACAAAAAGUGCACUGGAGCUGAUUCAGAGCGAACGCCAGCGACGAAUAGAUCGGUUAGGAGCUCACUAUAGGAAUGACGUUUGGAAAAAGCGCGAGAAAGCACCGGAAGAUUGGUCCAAGCCGUUGCCAGAGAAUAUGCAGAAGGAUUAUGAACAAACCUACCUAGCAGUAAAAGCACAGGAAAUGAGAGGAGUGCAACAGUCCCCAAAGGACGACGAACGGACAAUGUGUGUAGUAAUGUAGCGUUUAUUAGGUUCUUGUUACAGCAAUACAAUAAAACGUUGAAACAAUUUA